AUGGAUGCACUAAACAGUAGAGAACAGCAAGAAUUCCAAAAAUUGGUGGAACAGAAACAAAUGAAGGAUUUCAUGCGUCUGUAUUCCAAUUUGGUUGAAAGAUGUUUCGCAGACUGUGUCAACGAUUUCACUUCCGCUAAAUUGACUAGUAAAGAGCAAAGUUGUAUCAUGAAAUGUUCCGAGAAAUUUCUAAAACACAGUGAACGUGUGGGACAACGUUUCCAAGAACAAAAUGCAGCUCUAGGUCAAGGGUUGAACCGUUAG